GCCAGUUGCUAUUGUUACCAUAGGAGCCAGCUCCGACUUUCUUUAAUUUCUUGCUUCAUAUCCACUAGCUACAUCUAUUGCCAAGUUAAUUUCAGUCCUAAUGGAGUUUCAUCUCCCACUCAUCUUUGCUAUUCUCAGUCUAGCAGCGGUUGCACUGGCAAACCAUGCUGCUCAACCAGCACCUCAACUUUACUGGAACUCGGUCCUGCCAAACACACAGAUGCCAAGACCCAUUGGGCAAUAAACAUUACACUCAAAAAGGGUAUGGAAAAGGCAAACCUGAAACUUUCCCGUUGGGCAAUAAACAUUACACUCAAAAAGGGUAUGGAAAAGGCAAACCUGAAACUUACCCAUUGGGCAAUAAACAUUACACUCAAAAAGGGUAUGGAAAAGGCAAACCUGAAACUUUCCCGUUGGGCAAUAAACAUUACACUCAAAAAGGGUAUGGAAAAGGCAAACCUGAAACUUACCCAUUGGGCAAUAAACAUUACACUCAAAAAGGGUAUGGAAAAGGCAAACCUGAAACUUUCCCGUUGGGCAAUAAACAUUACACUCAAAAAGGGUAUGGAAAAGGCAAACCUGAAACUUACCCAUUGGGCAAUAAACAUUACACUCAAAAAGGGUAUGGAAAAGGCAAACCUGAAACUUUCCCGUUGGGCAAUAAACAUUACACUCAAAAAGGGUAUGGAAAAGGCAAACCUGAAACUUACCCAUUGGGCAAUAAAGACUUAGCUAUUUUCUUCUUGGAGAAGGACAUGCGCCCUGGCACAACAAUGAAGUUCCAAUUCCCUAGAAAUUCAAACACGGCUACUUUCCUGCCACGAGAAAGCACUCAAUCGAUCCCUUUCUCCUCUAACAAACUACCAGAAAUUUUAAACCAUUUUUCAGUGAAGCCGCCAUCUGUGGAAGCCAAAACAAUUAAGCAAACAAUCGAAGAGUGUGAAGCUCCGGGCAUUAAGGGAGAGGAAAUAUAUUGCGCCACAUCUUUAGAAUCAAUGGUUGAUUUUAGCACUUCGAAGCUUAGAACAAGAAACGUUCAAGCAAUAUCGACGGAAGUAUUGGAAAAAGGAGCCACCAUGUCCAUCCACAAGUAUACAACAAUGCCGGGACUGAAGAAGCUGGCAGGUGACAAUGUCGUUGUGUGUCAUAAGCAGAACUAUCCCUAUGCUGUGUUUUACUGCCAUGCAAUAAAACCUACAGCAGCUUAUGUUCUCUCCCUGAAAGGCGAUGAUGGGGUGAAGGUUAAAGCAGUAGCCAUCUGCCAUCUAGACACAUCAGAAUGGAACCCAAAGCAUUUGGCCUUCCAAAUCCUCAAAAUUAUAGAAACUGCUUGA